AUAUUAAUGGUGGCGAAAAAGCCAAUUUAGGCGGGUGCUUUUCCAAUGAAAUGGGACCCACCCUUCUUUUUAACCACUAGAAAGACAUGUGACCACAAAACUCUUGUAAUAAAAAAAAAAAAAAAAUCCUUUCUUUUUCACUUCAUCUUAUUGCCAUCUCAAUCUCUCACUAGACACUAGACUCCAUAGCCAAAGCUCCUCCUCCUACGAGGCUACGACUUCUACAACAUAGCCUCCACGCGCUUUAUAACUUACUGCCACAGUGGCAAACCUACCUUCUUCUCUCCAACCAUGGCCACCGCAUCAACCAUCACCGACACCUUUCUCCGCCGCACCUGAUCACUCCUCCUCCUCCCUCUCCGCCGUCGCCGCUUCUGCCAACAUUACUCCAGACCACAUGUUAGGUCUACGAAACAUCCUUCUCGCAGCACCACCUUCGCAGAUCACACAGACCUCACCGUCGCCGGCAAAUUUCGCGGCGGUGGAAGACAACAAGGCAAGGAACAACAAUGUUGAUGAGAAAGUAUGCAGAGACUGUGGAAACAGAGCGAAGAAAGAGUGUUUGUUCGAAAGGUGUAGGACUUGCUGCAAAACCAGAGGCUAUCAAUGUGCCACUCACGUGAAGAGCACGUGGGUUCCUUCUUCUUCUUCGUCCUCCUCCGACAGGAAGAAGAAGCUCAGAAUCGAUUACUCUGACAAAUACAAUUCCGCUAAUGUCUCGAUCGUUCGGACAACCACUUCUCGCCAAGAGACGAGCUUCAAAGAAGGCUUACCGGGGAAAAUCGAAGCUCCGGCGGUUUUUAGACGGACGAGAGUAACAGCGAUAAGCAACAACGAACAAGCAGAGAUCGGUUAUCAAGCGACGGUAACUAUAAACGGUCAUGUUUUCAAAGGCUUUCUUCAUUACUAUGGCGUUGAUCACAACAAAGCUUUUCCAUGUCUUUCUAAAAAAUGAUGAAACAAGUUCAUAGCAUUAUUUGUACAUAGAGUUAGUUUGCUCUGUUUUCAACAUCUCAAUGGCUCUUUAAUUCUGUGGACAUCUAUAUAUAUAAUCAAGGGACCAAAAACUAAAACAUUAAUGGGCCAUUACAUUCUUAAGCAUGU